UGAUGAAAAAUGCAUGUAGGCUAUACUUCGUCCAGGGUUAUUACCAAAUGUAAUGAUUUGUGUCCAUAAUAAAGAAGGAUAAUGCUAAAAGCAGUGUUCACAUAUAAAGAGGGAACGGUGGAGGGGAGGGCGAACUAGUGAGCGGAGAUAUAAGAGUUCGGGUUGUUGGCUGGGGCAGUUGUCGAGAGGUAGGCUAAUGCAAUUGUGUUACAAACCGAAAAAAAUAUGAAAUUCGCCGUCGCAGCUGCCGAAACAACGGUAGCAUGGUAGCUUUGGACUGGGGUUUGCAAGACGAGCACCGAUAUCUACACAUUACUGCACUUUUAACACCGAAUUACUUAUCCCCCUGAUCGAGUCGGGUAAACCACCGUCCGAGAUGGGGAAGGAGGUUAAUGGUGUUUCGCGGAGCCGGUUUGAGAUGUUCUCAAACAGCGACGAGGCCGUCAUCAAUAAGAAGCUGCCCAAGGAGCUGUUGCUACGAAUCUUCUCCUUUCUGGAUGUGGUGACACUCUGUCGCUGUGCCCAGGUCUCACGGUCGUGGAAUGUGCUCGCCCUGGACGGCAGUAAUUGGCAGAGGAUUGACCUUUUCGACUUUCAGAGAGAUAUUGAGGGGCGAGUGGUGGAGAACAUCUCGAAACGAUGUGGGGGAUUCCUGAGGAAGUUGAGUCUGCGGGGCUGUCUGGGGGUGGGGGACAGCGCUCUGAGAACCUUCUCCCAGAACUGCAGGAAUAUUGAGCUGCUUAGUUUGAAUGGCUGCACCAAGAUAACUGACAGCACAUGUAAUAGCCUAAGUAAGUUCUGUCCCAAGCUCAAGCACUUGGACCUCGCCUCCUGUACCUCAAUCACCAACCUGUCACUCAAAGCACUCAGCGAGGGCUGUCCUCUGUUAGAGCAGCUUAACAUCUCGUGGUGUGACCAGGUGACUAAGGAUGGCAUCCAGGCCUUGGUACGAUGCUGUCCCGGACUCAAAGGCCUUUUCCUCAAGGGCUGCACACAGUUGGAGGAUGAAGCACUGAAGCACAUUGGUGCACACUGUCCAGAGCUGGUCACUCUCAACUUACAGACGUGUUCGCAGAUCACAGACGAAGGUCUCAUUACUAUAUGCCGGGGCAGUCACCAUCUGCAGUCGCUGUGUGUCUCAGGUUGUGCCAACAUCACAGACGCCAUCCUCCACGCCUUGGGACUGAACUGCCCGCGCCUCAGAAUAUUAGAGGUGGCUCGCUGCUCUCAGCUCACAGAUGUGGGCUUCACUACACUAGCAAGGAAUUGUCAUGAGCUGGAAAAAAUGGACCUGGAAGAGUGUGUGCAGAUCACGGACGGCACACUUAUCCAGUUGUCCAUCCACUGCCCUCGUCUGCAAGUUCUGAGCCUGUCUCACUGUGAGCUGAUUACUGACGAUGGCAUCAGACAUCUGGGAAGCGGGCCCUGUGCCCACGACCGGCUGGAGGUGAUCGAGCUGGACAACUGCCCCCUGAUCACGGACGCCUCGCUGGAGCACCUGAAGACCUGCCACAGCCUGGACCGCAUCGAGCUCUACGACUGCCAGCAGAUCACCCGCGCAGGCAUUAAGAGACUAAGGACCCAUCUACCUAACAUCAAAGUGCACGCGUAUUUCGCCCCCGUCACCCCACCCCCCUCGGUUGGGGGGAGUCGCCAGAGAUUCUGUCGCUGCUGUAUCCUGCUAUGAUGUGAAGACCGCGCCCCCACCCCCCCCUCAGCCCAACUUCUGCCCCUCCACCCAACCUGGCUCAGCCUGCUCCGAUCCGGCCUCAAGGUAUACAUGCUGGUGUGCCCCCCUGAUUGGAGCUGCAGAGAGAGGGAGAGAGCCCAAACACCACAGGGUCUGGGAAGAACCUUCCCAAUGACAUUACCAAACCCACUCACAACGGCCUUUGUCAAACACACAAAUAAACACACACACAUCACCACAGAUGAACAUCAGUACAUUCCCUGCUGUCCCCAGGCCCAUGUUCUAAAGACCAUCCAGCAUUGCAGGGAGGAUUACAUAAUAGAACCACUGCUGUUUACAGAUUAGGCUCCUAAUACACUGUAUGGACUACAUGAAGGUAGGGCACACUUGAUACGAGGUUCCCUAUGGACUACUAUGACCUUUUACUAAAGGAUCAGGAAGAUGGGUUUGGAUAAGAAACUCACAUCCAAUGUGGGUGUUGGGAGGAUAACCAGAAACAUGGCUAGAGCUACUAUGGGAAAAUUGGUUUGGUAGAAAUGCCCUCAGAAUCUUUCAACGACUGUCAAGCUACCUCUAGACAUAACUGCACUUCAACGUGAGUAGCACUUUGUUAGCCUCUGGUUCCAGACUGCCCACUCCCAACCAAACUUUUUAUUUUUUAUACUAAAGAUCCGUUUCCAUUGGCACUUUUAAGUCAACCCAGGUUGGGCUGGCCUUGGUGGCUGGCUGAAAUUGUUUCCACUGCCUCCAAAGAAUAAAUGAUGUCAUGUUGCUAGGUAUUCAAUAUAUGACUGCAGCUGGCUUCGCUAAUGUUGCUAACUGGCAAGAUGUUGAAGAAUUUAAAUUCACCCUCACUAUGCUGUAAUUAACUUUAACCCAUACUCCUGUCAGUGCUAGCCAUACUCAGAACCAUGCAUUUAGCUUGCUAACUCGCUAAACGGUUAGCGUCGCUAUUGGCUAGCUAACUAAUCAUGCAAACCAGACGGCAGGUUUGAGUGUUUUAUUUAUUUAUAUAUUUUUUACAACAGAUGAUAUGGUGUAGCUAGCUAGCUUUAAAUACGAACUGGCCAGCUAAAAUUCCUGCUAGCUACAGUAGCUUGUUUUAACUCUUGAUUUGCUAGCUAAUAAUGGUAGCUAGCAUUUUAGGGCUGACUGUUGUCAUAAAAGUUUAUUGUGGAAUGCAAACAUUUAUGGAUCCAGCUGUGGUGGCAAUUCGUGUCAUGUCUGACUACUGCAGUACUGCUUGUCCAUGUGCUAACUAGCAGCGCACACACCUAGAUUAGCUGCUCAACGUUGUCACCAUCCAGCGGUGAUUUUAUUUUUUAUUUACUGCGUUACCAGCCUGAAUUCUAAACGCGCUAGCACCAGGUGUGAAACUGGGCUGUGCUGGUUCGAAUUCCAUUCGAACAUCUCUAUUUUGACCCUGAUUUUAAGUGCCAGUGGAAAGGGGUUUAAUUUAACAAUUUAACAAUUUAACAGAGUCCUGGUGUCUUCGACAGCAAUUAAAC